AUGAAUCCGAUCUUAAACUGGACCGAAUUCCCGGACUUUGCUGACAUCAGACCUGAGCAUGUCGUACCCGCCAUGGAAGCGCUGGUUCAGCAUAUCGAAAAGACAUUCGCGGAGCGAUCCCAGAACUUUACGCCAACGUGGGAUGGCACUAUGGGCAUGACUCAGGAUCUGGAGGACGAUUUAGAGCGUGCCGCUGGUGUGAUCACACACUUAUCCAUGGUCAAGGACUCUCCCGAACUCCGCAAGGCCGUUGAAGCGAUCCAGCCUAUGAUCGUCAAAAUUUCUCUCCAGAUGGGUCAAUCCCUCGAGUUCUACGAUGCCUUAGUUAAGAUUCAGGAGAAUCCGCAGCGAUGGAAUUCACUAGACAAAGAGCAACAACGCAUUGUCGAAAAGACCAUCCAAGGCAUGAAGCUCUCCGGCGUGGCCUUCGGACUCGAGGGCGAGGGCAACCCGGAGAAGCGAAAGCGGUUCAACGAGAUCCAGGAACGAAAGGCCCAACUGAGUCUCAAGUUCAGCAACAAUGUUCAGGAUGCGACAAAAGCCUAUGCCAAGGUCGUGACCGACCGAGCCGAACUGGAUGGAUGUCCUGAGAGUUUGAUCAAGAGCAUGGCAAAGCACGCGCAAGCGAGGGGCCACGGAGAUGGAAACUCAGAAACGGGCCCUUGGGCUGUCACUUUGGAUGCACCUACCUAUGUGCCAUUCAUGAUGAACUGCAAGAGCCGGGAUCUCCGCGAGGCGGUCUAUCGCGCAAAUGUCAAGAAGGCUUCGGAGGGUGAACAGGAUAACGAGCCGAUCAUCAACGAGAUCUUGAGCCUUCGCAAGGAAGAGGCGAGCAUGCUUGGAUACUCUUCGUUCGGAGCAUUGUCGCUAUCAAAAAAGAUGGCAUCGAACGUGGAAACGGCGACGGAAGUAUUAGAUCGACUCUACAAGGCUACUCUCCCUGCCGCAAAGAAGGAACUCGAUGAACUGACGACGUUUGCAAAGGACCGCCUGAACCAACCCACGCCACUUCGACCCUGGGACACUGCAUUUGUUGGAGAGGAAUUCCGCAAGGAUCGGUUCAAGUACUCUGCGGAUCAAAUUUCAGAGUACUUGGUUUUCCCCAGAGUCAUGGACACGUUGUUCGAGGUGGCUAAGGAUAGCUUCGGCAUCCACGUUUCAGAGAUGAGCCCCGCAGAGCAGUCGAGUGCAGAUGUGACUACAUGGAACAAGGACGUCAAGGUGUAUAAGGUACAAGACGACGGCCCCGGAAACAAGUUGCUCGCAUACUUCUAUGGCGAUUUUUAUAGCCGCAGCGAGGAGAAAAAGUCGGGCGCCUGGAUGGACGUUUGUGUAACCCGUAUGAAGAACUCCUCGAGCGGCCAUGUCCGUGUGCCUAUCGCCUACAUGAUUUGCAACCAGCCGCCGCCCAUGUCCGAUUCGGAGCCUUCAAGGAUGAAGUUUCAGGAUGUCACGACGCUGUUUCACGAGUUCGGACACUGCCUACAGCACAUGUUGACCACGGUGAACUACCCGCAGGCCUCGGGUAUCAAGGGCGUGGAGUGGGACUUUGUCGAGGUCGCCUCACAGUUUAUGGAGAACUUUGCAUACGAGCCUCAAUGGCUGGAUCGCAUGGCCCGCCACUACAAGACCAACGAACCCAUGCCCCAGGACAUGAAGCAGACAGUGAUGAAGAGUCGUGAGUGCCUGGCGGGUCUGGCUAUGAUGCGUCAGCUUCAUUUUGCGACUCUGGACCUGGAGUUGCACACCAACUACAAGGCGCGCGGUAGCCAGGAUUCAGCAGAGGGCGAAUCCAUCUUUGAUGUGGAUCGGCGCAUGGCCGGGAAGACCUGCUUGAUCCCACCCGUCGCCGAGGACCGUUUCCUGUGCGGAUUCAGCCAUAUCUUUGGCGGUGGCUACGCAGCGGGUUAUUACUCGUACAAAUAUAGCGAGCUGUACUCAGCGGAUGCCUAUGCUGCGCUUGAGGAGCAAGCAGGUUCCACGGAUGCAAGGAAACGCAUUGGACGCAAAUACCGCGACACUGUUCUGGCUUAUGGUGGCGCAACCGACCCAAAGGAGGUCUGGAAGGAGUUCAGAGGAAGGGAUGACGUGCAGGUCGAUGCUCUCCUUCGGCACUCUGGCCUCACAUCUGCGAGUGCAUAA